AUGGCUUCUCCUGUGGAAUUUACAGACGAGGUUCUGGAGGCUGGGCUGAACAAAGCAAGACUGAGUCUCGUGGGACGUCUCCUCUGCUCAUCCCAUCCAUCCCGAAUCAGAGCUCAACACAUGGCCAAUAACAUCUGGGCCAAAAGAGCGGCGGUAACGGUAUUGGAUGCCGGAUUCAGAUUGUUUCAAUUCGUCUUUGCAAACCAAGUCGAUUACAAUGAGGCUCUCGGAAAGGCUCCUUGGUUCAUCCAAUCGAAAAUCCUCACAUUCAAAAGGUGGGAGACUCCCUCGGAAGAAUUAUUCCAGGAAUUGGCUCGGGUGCCAUACUCGGUACAACUCUGGAAUUUACCAGAGGAAUAUCGAACAGUGGCUCUUGGCGCUUUACUGGCUGCAAGGCUGGGCACCGUGGAGGAUGCGGCCAUGUAUGCUGUCUGGGAAAGCCCGGGAUGCGUCUUCAGAGCUAGAGUGAAGAUCGAUGUCUCAGCUCCGCUUGAACAUAGACUGGAAGCAAGAAAGAGGAAUCCGGAUGGAUCGGCCGGGCCUUCCUUCUGGGUCUCUCUAAGAUACGAAGGAGUCAAGACAGUGUGUUAUCGAUGCAGGAGAAUUGGGCAUAACCAACACAACUGUCCGUUCGAGUUAAUUGCAAGAGAUGACGGCUUCGGCCCGGAAAUCAUUGGCAACAAAACGGGGCCAAAAAUCAAUGAAUUCUCCUAUGCUUCAGUUUGA